AUGGAAUUCUGCGCAGGUUGCAGUGCACCACCAUUAUGCUCUGCCCCUUUGCUGGAGUGCGAGAGUUUCGUGGAGAGCCACGGGCAGCUUCACCACCCCCGACGUGUGUGUGGGGGGGGGGUGAUGGAGAGGUAUAUGUCUCUGCUGGUUGUUGUCGCUGAGGCGAGGGCGUUUCCGGUGUCUCUUUCAGCUAACUGGUAUGUGCAUUUGGCNGAGAGGUAUAUGUCUCUGCUGGUUGUUGUCGCUGAGGCGAGGGCGUUUCCGGUGUCUCUUUCAGCUAACUGGUAUGUGCAUUUGGCGCGGGCAUGA